AUGUCAAUGUUUACGUACUGUCGUGUAAUUAAAUUCGUUCGAUGUUAUCGAGGCAUUGAUAUCCUCUUCAAUGCAGGGAUGAUAAAUUCAGAACCAUCUGUGUCAAUCUCUUUGGUCCAAGAAAGGAUAACUGCUAAAUAUGGCUUCAAAGUUUCCUACAGAAAGGUGUGGUAUGCGAAGCAGAAAGCGAUGACAAUUAUGUAUGGUGAAUGGAAAGAACCGUAUGCUUUUUUGCCAAGGUGGUGUGAAUACAUGCUUCGCUUUUCUCCAGGUUCAUUUUAUCAUAUACAAACAAAUGAUCUUUAUGCCAAGCAGAGCUUAGUUUCUGGAAAAAAAGGUUUUCAUCGCAUUUUUUGGACGUUUAGACAGUGUUGUGAGGCGUUCAAAUUUGCCAAACCCGUCAUUCAAAUUGAUGGAACACAUUUAUAUGGGAAGUACAAAGGGAAAUUGUUGGUGGCCAUAGCCCAAGAUGGUAAUAAUGAAUGUUUACCGAUCGCUUUUGCCAUCGUAGAAGGCGAAACUUUGGAAGCAUGGGAUUAUUUUCUCGUUAAUAUUCGUGCUCAUGUUACUACCAUGUCAAACAUAUGUUUGAUAUUCGAUCGGCAUCGAAGCAUAAUAUCUGUUGUGGAAAAUAACCCUAAUUUGCAGCCGCCAAAUGCAUAUCACGUUACUUCAGCCAUGGUUGAUUUUGAAAGGAAUCUUGCGAGUUUUCGUGAAAGUAGUUCUCAAAUUGCUGAGUGGAUUAAUGCGAUUCCUAAGGAAAAGUGGUCGCGAGCCUACGAUAUUGAAGGACGGAGGUACGGUCAUAUGACAACAAAUUUGGCUGAAUCUGUCAAUAGAGUUUUGAAGGGGGCCAGAAAUAUGCCUAUAACAGCAUUGGUUAAGCAUACAUAUAGCAGAUUGGUUGCAUAUUUUGUUGAGAGAGGAACAAAUGCGGUUGCACAACUUCAAUCAGCUUAUCGUCACUCCAAAAAUGUUGUUGAAUUGGUCAAGAAGAACCAGGUAGAUGCAACAGGCAACCACGUUCAUGCAUACAAUGUUGAACAUACUGUCUUCGAGGUUGACGCAAGUUGGGAGCGUUCAUAUUCUGUCAUUCUCCCACAGAGAUACUGUCAGUGUGGAAAGUUUAAGGCCUUUAAGUAUCCGUGUAGUCACGCCGUUGCUGCUGCGUUAAGUGUUAGGCAGAGUGCGUUGACUUACAUUGACGACGUCUUCUUGAUAACUAACUUGGUCGAGGCUUAUUCUUUUCCGUGGGAGCCAAUCGGAAACGAGGAAGCAAUACCUGAAAUUAGUGGUCCAAAGAUUAUUCCUGAUUCUAUUAUGUUGCGUGCAAAAGGUCGUCCAAAGUCAACUCGCAUCCGCAGCGAGAUGGAUGAAGUUGAGACAAGCCAGAGCCGUAUCAGGUGUGGACUUUGCAAGGAACGCGGCCAUAAUCGUCGGGGAUGUCCAAGUCGUGGGAGAAACGACUGA